AUGGCAUCAAAACUGGCUCAAUAUCAAAGGCAUCGUAUGGCUGAAAAUUAUUUGGUCAUAUGGGUCGAUGGAAAUAUCGACAUGGCAAAUCAAGAUUGCCAAAAUACCAUGGAACAAUUACGUGCUGUCGUCAAUCAAGUUAAUCCAUGUGAGACAGCUGAACAAUGCAUACAACAGCUUAUGGACAAUCAAGAGGAGAUCUCAUUUGUUAUCUCCUCAGGUGCACUUGGAGAACAUUUAGUGCCGGACAUUCAUGAUAUGGCAAAAUUAAAUGCCAUUUUCAUAUUUUGUGGCAAUAAACAACGGCAUCAAGUAUGGGCACAAAAUUGGCCGAAAAUUAAAGGUGUUCACACCUCAAUCAAACAUAUCUGUGACAAAUUGGCCACGGCUAUCAAACAAUACAAUCAAGAUCACAUGUCGGUAAGCAUUGUUAGUGUGAAUGCAGGAGGUUCUAGCAAGAAUCUAGAUCAGCUAGAACCUUCUUUUAUGUAUUCACAAAUAUUCAAGGAAAUACUCCUUGAAAUCAAACAUGAACAACAAGCUGUCCAAGAUUUGGUCACCUACUGUCAACAAGAAUACCAAGGCAAUAAAAAGGAAAUCAAAAUUAUCCAAGAAUUUCAACGUACUUAUCAAGCAUCCGACGCCAUUUGGUGGUAUACACGCCAAUGCUUCACAUACAAAAUGUUGAAUGGCGCAUUAAGAACACUGAACGGCGACAUUAUGAUACGAAUGGGUUUUUUCCUGUGUGAUGUACAUCGACAAAUCGAAACCUUGUACAAAAAUCAGGUCAGUCAAUACCAUAACAAGAUUUUUACAAUCUUUCGAGGGCAAGGCCUAUCGAAAGUAGAUUUUCAAAAGCUCGCAGAAAACAAAGGUGGGCUUAUUUCUUUUAACAACUUUUUAUCUACCAGCACAAAUUCAGAUGUCUCCCUUGUUUUCGCCAAAGAAGCCUUGAAAAUGACCGAUAUGGUUGGAAUUCUAUUCCAAAUAACCAUUGAUCCUACAGUAUCAUCAGCUUCAUUCGCCUCCAUCCAGGAGGUGAGCUAUUAUAAGAAAGAAGAAGAAAUUCUCUUCACCAUGCACACGGUGUUUCGCAUUGGUGAAGUGCGAAAAAUUGACAACAAUCGUGCCCUUUAUCAAGUCGAUCUUAAACUUACGUCAGAUGAUGAUCCACAACUUCGUGAAUUAACUGACUUUAUACGAAAAGAGGUCAGCGGCACUGGAUGGCGUCGAAUGGGGCAAUUGUUAUUCAAAAUAGGUCAAUUCGACAAGGCCGAAGAACUAUAUAUGACACUACUAGAACAGGCAUCGGAUGAUAGUGAUAGAGCAUACAUCAAUCACCAGCUUGGAAUGAUGAAACAAAACCAAGGACAAUACGAAGAAGCAGUUGCAUUUUACGAAAAAUCUCUGCAAAUCAAGCAGAAAACUCUUCCGAAAGAUGAUCCUUCAUUAGCUCCUACGUACAAUAAUAUUGCUCUAGUGUAUAACGACAUGGGUGACUACUCGAAAGCAGUUGCAUUUUACGAACAAUCUCUGAAAAUCAAGCAAAAAAAUCUUCCGAAAGAUGAUCCUUCAUUAGCUACUAUAUACAAUAAUAUUGCUCUAGUCUAUAAUAACAUGGGUGACUACUCGAAAGCACUUGAAUUUUACGAAAAAGAUCUAGAAAUCACAAAAAAAGCUCUGCCUUCGAAUCAUCCUAAUUUGGCUACUUCAUACAACAACAUUGGUGCAGUGUAUAAUAACAUGGGUGACUACUCGAAAGCACUUGAGUUUUACGAAAAAUCACAUAAAAUCUACGAAAAAGCUCUGCCUUCGAAUCAUCCCUCAUUGGCUACUUCAUACAGCAACAUCGGUCAAGUGUAUAAUAACAUGGGUGACUACUCGAAAGCACUUGAAUUUUACGAAAAA